AUGGAAGUACUGUCAAAGGAACUGAGUAUUUUUUUCGAAAGUCACCGCCUCUCACAGGAAUCCCUGGCAUUGUCGUAUGGAACACCUGGAUACCGAUGCAAGGCUACGUUUUUGCAUGGCAUCGCUGCGAGAAUUGGUGCAUAUGCUUGUCUUAGGUCCGCUCAGCAGAAUGGAUUGGCCGUUGGCGUAAUGAUAACGGCUUCACACAAUGCUGCCGAAGAUAAUGGAUUGAAGUUAAUUAAUACUGACGGCGGCAUGCUAUCACCAGAUUUAGAACCCAGUGUCAUCGAAUUUGUUAGGAUGUCAGCGGACAGGAUUAAAAAGUGGUUAGAGGACUAUUUUGGCGAAAAACCUUAUGGUAAGAUUUUAAAACGCAUGGAAGACCCUAACAUUGAGCCCAUGGUAUUUGUCGGGUGGGACACACGCAAAUCAUCUGUCGGUCUGGCGGAGGAGGUAGAACAAGGCAUUGUCGCUGCUGGUGGAAAGUACGUCGACUUUGGACUCGUAACCACACCACAACUUCAUUAUUUAGUUCAGAAUCAGAGCCGUCAGCGAAUACCUGAUCGCAUUGAGGACUACGUGAGCGUCUUCACUAAUCGUUUCGUAAAGGCCCUCUCGACGCUGCGCGGUGGGCCAAUCAACCUGAACGUCGACUGUGCCCACGGGGUCGGUGCCCUCACACUGACUUCUCUUUCUACGAGACUCUACCUGGAGUAUAAUAAGCCAUCUUAUCCAUCAGACAGUCCGCAACUCUGUAUACGAACCUAUAAUACAUUGACGAGCGAUAAGGAACUGCUUAAUAGGGAAUGCGGAGCAGAUUUUGUGAAGCUCUAUAGCAAACAACCUAAAUUAACGCCCACUCCUCCGGAACCAUCGCCAUUUGCCCCCUCGACAAGGUGGGCAACGAUCGAUGGGGACGGGGACCGUCUGCUGUACUUCUUCACCUCACCAGCCGCCUCCACCGCCGUGUGUUUGCUUGACGGCGAUCGAAUCGCGGCUCUCUUCGCAACCUUCAUCGCAGACCAACUAAGGCAACUGGGGGGAGCUGGGCUUCACCUUGGGUUGGGUGUGGUCCAGACGGCCUACGCCAACUCUGCGUCGACGCGCUACUUCCACCGGGAGCUCGGUGGCACUUCCCAAGUCGUCUGUACUCUAACUGGGGUGAAGCACCUGCACAAGGCCGCCAAAGCAUUCGACUUUGGCGUUUAUUUUGAGGCGAACGGCCAUGGGACGGUGGAGCUUUCCCAGGCAGCAAUAGAUUUUGUUUCUACCCUCCCUGAAAAGCAUCCACUGAAGCUCUUCGUGUCGCUCGUCAACACGGCCGUUGGCGACGCCAUAACUGACAUUCUACUGGUGGAGUAUGUUCUUGCUGUGAGGGGAAUCAGGUCGCUUGCCGACUGGUUCGCCGUCUACACUGACUUGCCCUCCAGGCAACUCAAAGUGGUCAUCGCGGAUCGAGCAGUCAUAGAGACUACCGAUGCGGACAGGAAGGUCUUGAAACCAGAGGGAUUACAGGGCGCUAUCGAUGCUCUUGUCCAAAAAGUUGAUAUGGCAGUCAACACUCCUGGAAUUUCUCGUGCCUUCAUUCGCCCCUCAGGCACUGAGGAUGUGGUUCGCGUCUACGCUGAGUCAUCCAAGCAGGAUCUCGCCGACUGGCUGGCCGAGGCGGUUGCUUGUCUCGUGCACCGUCAUGCCAACGGAGUUGGUCCGGAGCCAGCACCGAUGGGUCCAGUCCCUACUUGA